UAGAGCGUUGUCGUCUCUUAUGAUCCAGUUUAGCUCAGCUCUGCGGACUUUCAGAACUUUGUCUCUAAGGUGUCCGACCUGCCAGUAUGUAGGCCGACAUUCACAGAGACACGCUGAGCGUCAUCAGCUUUGUGAGGCAGUGGAGCAGAAUGAGAAACAUGGUUCUGAGGAUCCUCAGAUGAACAUGGUGGCAACAUUACCUGAGACAGUUUGUGAGUUCAUAACGUGGAAAAGCUGAUGGCGGAGAGGCGGUCAGGGCAACCUGGCUGGAUUGGGAGGGAACAUCUGCAUCCUUCUCUCUGGUCACAGACCAUGAACAUUGUGGGCCAGCUAGCAGAGACCGUGUAUGUCACGGUGAAGGAGCUGUACCGCGGCCUGAACCCGGCCACCCUGACCGGAGGGAUCGAUGUCAUCGUGGUGCGGCAGCCUGACGGAUCUUACCAAUGUUCGCCGUUUCACGUCCGCUUCGGGAAGCUCGGCGUGUUGCGCUCCAAAGAGAAAAUUGUCGACAUCGAGGUAAACGGAGAAUCGGUCAGCCUGCAUAUGAAGCUCGGAGAUAAUGGCGAGGCUUUCUUUGUGGAAGAAGAAGAAAACAUGGAGGUCCCAGCCCAUCUGUGCACCUCCCCUAUUCCUCUGGAGGUCCCCGAGGAGACGGAUGUGAUCGCUGAGGGGUCCGUAGCCCGCAAGAAGAAGCGGCGGCGGAGGCACGUGCGUUAUGAUACUCAGCAGAGGGACGAAACCAACUCCUCGUCAGAAGAAAGAGACAAAGAGGAGCAGAGCACGAAAGACUCUGACGCUGCUCAGCGGGACAGUCCUUCAUCUAAACUACCUCUGUUCAGUAAAUCGGUGUACUACUCGAUGUCUGAGGAGCCAGCUGAAGAACUGGGGGCCACACAGGACAGAGACACUCAUCCAUGUUCAGACGAAGAGCUCCCAGAGAAUGUUUUCUUGAGUCGGCCGGAUUCUCUUAAAAUCGACUCUGAGCUUCUGGACGAAGCCCCGGAUUUGCCUGAGCCCCAAAUGCAGUGGAACUGGGGAGGAUUUCCCACGGUGAAACACACCAACACAGACAGAGCAGCGCAUUUAUGCCAUACCUGUGCUGUGGUUGGAGUUCAACCCGCUGACACCCGGUUGUCCUGUUUUUCGCAGCCCUGUGACCCAGAGAAUGCGCCAGGAGAGCUGACGGCCACGUCUCACUUCUUCCCCAUUGAGAGACAGGACUCCUUUGACCUUGGCGACGAGGUCACACCUUCCGAGGUGAUCGGCUGCGUGAAGCCACAGCCGACGGCGGGCUCAGUGUGUUUAAACAGCAGCGCUAAGCAAGCCCGCUCUUCAUCUUUGAAGAUCUUUGAUGACGAAUAUUCCUCCCACGACAUCUUCAUGUCGUGCGUUUCUUCCACUGAAGUAGAUUCUGAAUUUACGGUGGAAGAGAAGGAGGAAAAAGAGUCAUCUUCUGAGAAUAUUGCCAUUUGUUUCAACAAAAGCGAAGAAGGCGCUGAAAAAGUCAGUUCUGUAGCUGAAGGAGUUUCUGAAAAUGGAACUUUGAGCAAAACAGAAGAGCUGACAAAAAAGAUGGCAGAAUGCACACUCCAAGAAUCAGGCCAGGAUAGUGGAGGACCAAAAGACCCGCAGCAAGAAAGUGUCUCAUCUGAGCAGAGAAAAUCGGAUUCUGCUCCUGACGGAGGAUUAGUGCCCAGCGCCGGUGGAGAAGAUGACAACACCACACUCAGAGCGACCGAUGAGUCACCCGAAAGCUCAGCCACAGCGACGACUGCAGCACAAGCUGCCGACGCGGACACCGGGAGUGACGUGGCGAAAUCCUCCGAAGCAUCCUCCAAACUGGAGGAACAGGACGAGAAAAAAAGUAAACGGAUUCAUCCUGGAGGCUCGUCGGAUAUUUACCUGGAGGACCUGAACACUCUGGACCCGGAGGUGGCGGAGCUUUAUUUCCCCAAAAUGGAGGCAGAGGGAGCGUUAACUCAGUUUGCUGAACAGGGCUUAGGUAGCCAUUCGCCUCAGUUAGUGGACAUUGGAGCAGUGGACAGUGGCUCAGACUACCUGUCUGAUUCUUACGUCAUGGACGUCAGCAUGUCUCUUUGUGGGAAAGUAGGAGACACCAGCCAGAUUACCAAAGAAACGUUCACAGAGCACCUUGUGACAUAUCAGGAUUUUGUCAACAACCCAGGAAUCAUUGAGGAUCCAAGUCUAGUCAUCUGCAUAAAUUCUAACUAUUACAACUGGGGAGUGGCUGCUCCUAUGAUCCUGUCUGUGACGGCGUUCCAAAAGAACCUACCGACGAGUACAGUACAGAAGCUGGUGAAGGACAAGAUGUCCAAAAAACCUGGUCGCUGGUGGUUCUCAUGGAGACGCAGAGAAAUGGACAACAACAAGCAACAACAAUUAAAGGAGGAGCAGCUGGCACGUGUUUCCUCCCCAGUCCAAGCCACACUGGAUAACACUGACGCUGUAGGGCUCCGACAAAAAUCUCCCAGUCUUUCUCCAGAAACCAUGUCCUUCAGCCACAUGUACCGCAAAUCACUACGUCUCACUUCCAAGGAGAUAGGUAGUCUAAAUCUGCGUGAAGGAGCCAAUAAAGUGGUAUUCAGUGUUACAUCGCAAUAUCAGGGCACCUGUCGCUGUGAAGCUGCCAUCUACCUGUGGAACUGGAACGACCGGGUCAUCAUUUCGGACAUUGAUGGAACAAUCACCAAGUCUGAUGCUCUUGGCCAAAUCUUGCCUCAGUUUGGAAAAGACUGGACACACAAGGGAAUCGCCAAACUUUAUCACAAAAUACACAAAAAUGGAUACAAGUUCCUGUACUGUUCGGCGAGGGCUAUCGGCAUGGCUACCAUCACCAAAGACUACUUAAAGUGGGUCAAUGACCAAGGCACUGUUCUUCCUAAAGGCCCUGUGCUGCUGGCUCCCAGCAGCCUCUUAUCAGCACUACACAGGGAGGUGAUUGAGAAGAAGCCAGAGGUCUUUAAGAUCGCCUGCCUUAGUGACAUCAGGGAUUUGUUCGGAUCACACAAACAGCCUUUCUACGCGGCUUUCGGCAACAGGACUAAUGAUGUUUUUGCCUAUAAGAAGGUGGGAGUGUGUGAGAGUAAAAUAUUUACAGUCAACCCAAAAGGAGAGCUUACCCAAGAAAUGGAUAAAGGCAACAAGUCUUCGUAUAACCGCUUGACUGGAUUGGUCGAGCAUUUCUUCCCCGUGGUCUCUGCCGAGACAAAUAACGCUGCGAUUUUGGUCUGUCCUGAAUACAGUAGCUUCUCUUACUGGAAGGAGCCUCUGCCCAAACUGGACAUGAGCUUACUGACAUAAACCAACUUCCAAUAUUGUGUCUAAGCCCAUUGCACAUACAUGCAAAAUAGAUAUCAAUUCUCAGAUUUUCCCAGGACAACCACCUUUGAUAAGAACAUAAAGAAGUAGUUGUUGAGUUUUAAUGCUACACUCAGAUAGAUUCCAAUUAAACUAUUUCGAGUCAAAGCCACCGAAUAAUUAAUAGCUUGAGCAUUUUUAGUUUUUCAAGUUAUUUCUCCUGUCACUACAUGCUUUAAUAAUUAUAAAUCCUAUUCAACAUAUUGUCUUAUGAAUCGUAUUAAAAAUGACAGAACUCGACUUUAAAAAACACACAAAGUAAUGCCUCAAUUGUAGGAAUGACUCAGUGAUAAUUUGCCUUACUUGAACCAUCUGUGAGUGUGUGUGUGAAUUCAUUGGUCUACAUAGCAUAUGGAGUUUUAUAGCUCAUUCUACCAAGAAACCAAAAACUGCUUAAAUAUGCAUAUCAAAUUAAUCUUAAUUAUAAGAUCUGUUUGAUCUCAUUGAGUUUAUGAGUCAGUUUGUGAUUAUCUGUUACAGCUUUGAAUUUGCACUUUACUGGAGAGAACACAAUCCUUUGGACAAAAAGCAAUAUUUUAAACUCGUCCAAGACUAAAGGUCAUGCGUCAUUAGAAUUUUAUGUCAUGCAGAAGGACCAUUGAAUCCGAUUAUUGUGAUGCUAGGCUGGUCACAUUUCUUUUUCAUUGUUUCAUGCCAAGUUCGUAAUGGCACAAAUUGUACACUACACAAACGAGCAUCUGCAAGAAUCCACAUUCUUGCAGAUGCAAGAAUCCACAUCUUGCAUUGUAGAUAUGGAUUCUGGCUGUGAACUGUUAAUGGUAAUGUCAUACAUAUUUAUUAUUUAGCGUAUUUUAUUGUCCAGCUGAUCUAAAAUUGAGUAGUUUUAUUUUGUAAAUCAACAAAUGUGAAAGAAUUUUAAACAAUCUGUGUUGCGCACAUUGUAGUUGUGUACUUAUGCUUUUAGAGUAAAUAUAUUUUUACUUGCAAUAAAACUCCUUAUAAACAUGUU